CUUAUUAUUUGUAGAGCUUCCGCAUACACACUUUAAUUAGUUAGUGGUGAUCAGUCGACUGGUUUAAAUCAGUGAGAGUAUUAAGUAGGUAUUACCAUGAAUAUGCAGAGGCAAUACGUGUUUGACUGUAACGCCGAGUCCUUGGCACUACCCCACAUACAGUGUAUCCCAUGUCACAUGUUAAAAGUCAGUGAAAGACAGGCUUUUGCAUUUUAUGGAUAAUACUCCAUUGGAUGACCAACUGACUCACAUUGUCAUAUGUAGGCUACCAAGAGUUCAAUUGAAACCAAAUAUGGAACAACAUCCAUACCGAGAAAAUCCGAAACGGAUCGUCGCUCGGCGUGGUCCCAAAUCCUAGCAGUAUUAGUCAACAACAUCAUGCUGGUGUCAAAUGGAAUGGUCGCAGGGUUUCCCAUCAUUUUAAUUCCCAAACUGUCCCAAGAACACUUCGGCGCGUCAUCCAACAUCACCGAGGACCAGAUGUCGUGGAUGGGUUCGAUUAGCUUUACCUGUUCGCUGAUCGGUUGCCUCGUUUCCGGAUUCAUAACGCAACCAAUUGGGAGAACGCGAUCCGUGCAAGUUGUAGCUCCUUUACUUUUUCUGGCAUGGAUAAUAUUUCCGUUCGCCAAUGAAGUCUGGCAUAUCUACUUGGCACUUUGUCUUUGCGGCUUCGCGUGCUCUUUGGUAGAAGCGCCUAUUUUAGCGUAUAAAUCCGAAGUAUGUCAACCGUAUUUGAGAGGAAUGCUAUCUGCUACGAGUACACUAUCGGCGGUGACCGGAACGUUGAUACAAAUCGUCCUAGGUGCUUCGUGUCAUUGGAGAACAGCCGCGCUGAUUUCUAGCUCGUUUCCGGCAUUAACCUGCGUUUUGCUGUUUUACAUACCAGAAAGUCCACACUGGUUGGUUAUGCACAACAAAGAGGACGCCGCACAUGUGAGCUUGGCUUGGCUGCGCGGCUGGACGACGCUAGAGAAUGUCCAAGACGAAUUUGAAGCGAUUUGCUGCAGCUGCAGUACAGACAUCCAGAAAAGCGUCAACGAUUCAAGAGGAAAUGCAAUUGAGCCGAAACCGAGGAGUAAACUGGCGGCGUAUACCAAAAAAGGUUUCCUGUGGCCUCUUGGCUUGAUGGAGUUUAUUUUCUUCUUAUCCCAUUUUACUGGAAACACCACAUUGCAAACUUAUGCCGUGAGUCUAUUUGAAACAAUGCGUGCACCAAUGGACGAUUUUCACGCGACAGUUGUUUUGGGAGUAGCCGAAGUGGUGGGCUGUUUGAUUAGCUUAUUUUUUGUACGAGCCUAUGGUAAACGUAUAAUGACCUUUGUGUCUCUUUCCGGAAUAGGAAUUUGCAAUGUGGUUAUUGCUACGUAUGCGUACCGAAUAGGCGUAAAGUAUUUAGAACUUGAUGACGGAACUGUGAAUUCUCCAUCGUCACACUAUCAUUGGAUACCGUCAUGUCUAUUAAUUCUAUUGGCAUUUAUUGGACAUUGUGGUAUUAGAGUGUUGCCGUGGGUUUUGCUUGGAGAAGUUUUUCCACACGAAACGAGAGCGGUCGGUUGUGGUUUGGGGAGCGCUAGUUAUAAUUUAAUGAUAUUCUUAGCAAAUAAGUUAUUUAUAAACAUGGUAAAUGGGUUCACCAUGGUUGGGGUUUAUGUAUUUUACGCUGUGAUUAGUUUUGUUGGGUUAGUAUACUUGUAUGUUGCUCUUCCGGAAACAGAAGGGAAGAAUUUGGAAGACGUGAUUAAUCACUUUUCAGAAGUAGCCAUGUUAGAUAAUAACAUACAAAGAAGGGAUUCGAACAAAGCACAUUAUAGCAAUGUAUGUUAAGUUCCAUAUAACAAAAUAAAUACUGCCUAUAAAAUUGAA